CCUCUGCCUUCCCUGUAGAGGAUCAGAGGAGCCACGGGAAAGGCCUGGUACUAAAUUAAUUUCUUAUUAAUCUUGCCCUUGCAGUCUUCAGCAACUGGUUCUAGGACUGUGCAUCAGUCUUUUCAUCUACGUAUGUAUGUAAGCCUUGCUGCAAACAUCAGAGGGCUUGAGAGGUUAAUCUGGCCAGUGGGAAGGGCACAGGAGGGAUCAGAAUAAUGGAUCCUUCCAGAAAUUUCGAAGGACUCCAGUGGUGCUGGGUCAUUCUUUAGCACUUUAGAUAACAAAGGAGUGACUAAUUCCAGGUAGUCUAGGCAGCCAAGAAUCAGAGUUUAGCCAUAAGGGUUUUUUUUAAGAAGGUCUGGAGGCAUCAUUAUCUAUUUUUUUGAAGUUCUAAACUUGAAAUAGCAAUUAAUUGACUUAAACUCAGCUGUUGUCUUACAGGUGCUAGUAGGUGUUAAAGCUAGCAGCCUGGCCAAAUUGCAAUCAAGAAGCUAAGUAACUCCUGAAAGCAACCAUGCAUAUAGACUGUCUGAAGGAUGCAUAUGAUUGUUUUUGUGCAUGCUCUCAGUAGAAGCUGGUAAAGAUGUGUGUGUGGGGUUCAUGGCAGUGCACAGCUGUUCUUUUUCUGGUGGCUGGGUGCUGAGCUGAGAAAUGGCAGUCAGCAGAGCAAAGCAGCAUUAAAUGGCUUUUAUCUAAACAAAGUGGUACAGGCAGCUGCAGUUCUUAGACUAAUGAGAAAUGAAGAAAAGGGCAGCACAAUUGAGUGUUGCUCUGUGAAAGCUACUCUAAAAGUCACAGCAGCUUUUAACAGAGCUACUGUCAGCAGAGUGUUUACUCUUUCUGGGAGAGAAAAGCCUUCAUGGGCUUUCUCUAAAACCUUUAAAAAAGAAACUACUUCAGCUAUUUCGAAGCACUUGCUAUUAAAUUUCAGGAGAUGUGCUCAUAGCACGCACUGUACCACCUGUAGAGUGUACAGGCUUCACUAUUUUAAAGGCCUGGUCUUCUUGUUAUGGCUUUAUGGAAUUCCUGACAACGCUGAGAAUGUGGCAGAAAAAGUGACCAUCAGCUCUGUCAGAUAAAGUGCUUAGCUUGGAUUGACUUUUGCUCCCUGAGCCCCAACACAUAGGAAAUACAUAGAACUUGUACUAAAAAUUUAGAUUUCUUUACACAGCCCUGCCUUAUGCCUGUGAGUCAGUGUGUAGCUGUUUAAGUCCAUAGGUGGUGCUAAAGGAGUAACAACCUCAUUGGUGCCUCAGCUAUUUUGCAAUUUCCUAGUCUGGAUUUUUUUGCAGGCAUAGAGGCAGUGUGAAGAGAGGUAGGCUUUUUUUUCCCUGGAGUCAUUAUGAGGUGGCAUGUGCAAAGGUAAGCAAGAUAAACUGUUGAACAAAGUGCACCUACAAUUGGAUGCUGCUGAUUUUCACCGAAGAGCAGGCUGGGGAGAGCACACAUGCAGAAGUGGUGAUCUCUGGGUGUUCUGAAGGCUGGAAAAAACACAAAUCCCAAAAUUUGCACCAUGAAGAGCUCCAGAAAUGUCUUCUAUCUUCUCUUCUUUCAUGCUGCUCUCAGCCUGGAACAUAUCCGGUGGUGCACUGUCUCUGAGAAAGAACUUUCCAAGUGUAAUGAAAUGAGUCAGGCCUUCAGUAGGGCUGGCAUCCUUCCCCCUCUGCAGUGUACAGAGGCGGGGUCAGCUGCUAACUGUACACAGAUGAUCAAGGAUGAUUUGGCAGAUGCAGUGACACUGGAUGGCCGUUUGAUUUACCAGGCUGGAAAAGAGCAUGGUCUGAAGCCUGUGGUUGGGGAAGUAUAUGAUCAAGAGAUUGGGACUUCCUAUUAUGCCGUGGCUGUGGUAAGGAAGAGCUCCAACAUCACCAUCAACAGCUUGAAGGGUGUCAGGUCAUGUCACACGGGCAUCAACAGAACUGCAGGCUGGGAUGUGCCGGUGGGCUAUCUAAUGGACAGCGGGCGCCUGGCAGCAAUGGGGUGUGACCUUCCGAAAGCUGUAAGUGACUAUUUCAAUGCAAGCUGUGUUCCUGGAGCAAAUGGUGUAAACUAUCCCAAAUCCCUCUGUCAGCUCUGCAAAGGGGAUUCGGCUGGGCAGAACAAAUGCAAACAAAGUUCCCAAGAGCGAUAUUAUAACUACAGUGGGGCUUUCAGGUGUUUGGCUGAAGGUGCUGGAGAAGUCGCUUUUGUGAAGCACAGCACAGUGCCUGAAAAUACAGAUGGAAGAAGUCUUUCUUCGUGGGCCCAGCGGCUUCGCUCCCAGGACUUCAAGCUUCUGUGCCGCAAUGGCAGCACAGCUGAUGUGACAGAGUGGAGAACCUGCCACCUGGCCCGAAUCCCAGCUCGUGCCGUGGUCGUGCGGCCUGACGCAGAUGGGACAGUCGUCUUCCAGCUCCUGAACCAGGGACAACAGAGAUUUAAUGGGGUAGGCACCAAGUUUCAGAUGUUUGACUCCGCAGCCUACGGUGCCCAGAAUCUUCUGUUCAGAGACGCCACAACAGAGCUUGUUGCAAUCACAGCUCAGAAUUACCAGGCAUGGCUGGGUGAUGAGUAUCUUCAUGCCAUGCAAGCCCUGAGCUGCAAUCCCAACACAUUACCAGAAAGCCUGAACUGGUGUGUUGUAUCCACUGAGGAGAUUUGGAAAUGUGGUGAAAUGGCCAUUGCCUUUAAGAAAAAGAAUUUGAAACCAGCAAUUCAGUGUAUUUCAGCCAAGACAAAGGAACAGUGCAUGGAGCUGAUCCAGAAAAAAGAAUGUGAUGCUGUAGUUCUGGGUGGAGCUGAUAUUUACACAGCUGGGAAGACAUACGGCCUUGUACCAGCUGCUGGAGAAAGUUACUCUGCUGAUGACAACAGCAGUGCAUACUAUGCUGUGGUAUUGGUGAAACGAAAUCAGUCCAAUGCAUUCACCAUCAGUGACCUGAAAGGGAAGAAGUCUUGCCACACAGGACUGGGGAGAACUGCUGGAUGGAAUAUCCCCAUUGGUAUGCUAAUUAAGAGGGGCAUUAUUAAGACCAGAGACUGUAAUAUUCCUCAAGCUGUGAGUGAGUUUUUCUCUGCCAGCUGCGUGCCCUCAGCUGAACAGGACAAUUACCCACCAGAACUCUGUCAACUGUGUAUUGGAGAUGAUAGUGGAAACAAUAAAUGCAGUGCAAGUAGCCAAGAACGUUAUUACAGCUACAGUGGAGCCUUCAGGUGCCUGGCACAGGACUCUGGGGAUGUGGCCUUUGUCAAGCACUCGACAGUGUUUGAGAACACGGAUGGUAAAAAUACUGAUCGUUGGGCCCAAAACUUGAAGUCCAGUGAUUUCCAGUUACUGUGUCCAAAUGGUGCCCGUGCAGAAGUCACCCAGUUUGCUGAGUGUCACCUGGCUCAGGUGCCAGCUCAGGCCAUUAUGGUUCACCCAGAUACAAGUGUUUUUGCUCUGUAUGGACUGCUGGACAAAGCCCAGGACUACUUCGGAAAUAGCAGCAAUGGAAAUGGAUUCAAAAUGUUUGAUUCUUCAGCUUUCCAAGGAAAAAACUUGAUCUUUAAGGACUCUGCUGUUGAGAUCGUGCCAGUAGAAGAGAGGAGGACAUACGCAGAAUGGCUGGGGAGUGAAUAUAUUGAGUCCCUUGAAGGGAUGGAAGCACCACAGUGCUCUGGGGCAGGUAAUAAGAUCAGACAAUACCUACUCCUGACUAGUGUCAUUCCCCUUCUUCUUCUCUGUCAGAUACAAGGCUUGGACUAGCAUGGCCCAAGUGCCAACUUCCAGGCCACCUCUGCCCUACCGCCAUUUCUUCAGAUAAGCUGCUCUGUGGAUAACGUGUUGUGCUACCAUUGCAAUGCCUCUUCCUGCCUCUUUGCUGGGCAAGUGCUACCAGCACUCCCUCCUCAGGGGAGUGGGUGGGACUGGAAGCUGCCCCUGUCCACGUGGAUGGGGUGGAAUUUGGGGCAGAAGCCAGCAAUAUGGUGUCAGCAUGGUUUACAACGUCAGUCCAAAACUGGAGCAUCUUUGCCAUCGUUGCUGAUGUUGAACCACCCUGGGCUGGAGGAUUCCCAGGUACUGUUAGAGGGAUAGUGGGUUUCUGACCUGUAGAAGAAUUUCUGAAUCUUGGAAGGCAGUAUCAGAAAUCUUGUCUAGUGAAUCCUCUCUGGCCUCCUGGCUGGUUACAAUCAGAUUCCUACAUCCCUGCUUAUCCCAUCCUACCCUUUGUUGGGGGCAAGUUUCUCCUGAACUCUGCUACCAGAAGAGGUAAGUGCGCAGAGGAUGGACAGACUUUGGACAGAGAGAUGACCUGCGGUCCAGAAUACAGCUUCUGCCAUGGGCAAGGUCCUCCACGUUCCAGUAGAAGAAGGUAGGGGGAAUCUCCAAAGUCACUGGACAAAGAAGGCGGCCAGAGAGACUUGGAGGAGAAAAGGACAAAGGCAAAUGUGUGCAUCCACUGAGCUUACUGACUUUCCACAACCAGUACUCGCUGCUUGAGAGAGAUGUCAUCUGCCCUGUGAUCUUUAAUUCCAUGCGCCAAGAAACUUGUGGCUGUCCUCCUUCCACAUGGGUUAUCCUGAGUGCCUGUGCAUGAAACUUGUAUUUGCUGCUGUUAGUGAAACAAAGUAGUUCAACUCUGAUUACCUGUUUCUGUAUCUGCUGGCUUGUAGCAUUGGGUUUUUAUUUUUAUCCAUAGCUGCAGUAACAACAAAUGUUGCUGUGCUGCUGGCAAGCAGCGUCCUCCUGACUACAGCUACCACCCCAUGAUCCCUGGGAUGAAAAGACAUUCGGCAUGAUAAAAAACUGGUAAAACCAGAUAAUAAUGUAAAUAAGUGAAAACAAGAAAUAAACAUGAGAAGUAAUUACAGUU